UCAGAGCUGUGCUGGCACACUCAGGAACUUGGACGGCAACCCGGGCAGCUCACACGAAGCAGGAGGGUGGGGAGCCCAGAGUUGCCAUGGAGAGAGUUUCAGUGUCCGCGUUGCUACUUCUUGUGGCCGUCUCCUGCACUCUGGCCAAGGAUACUACAGUCAAAUCUGGAGCCAAAAAAGACCCAAAGGACUCUCGGCCCAAACUGCCCCAGACCCUGUCCAGAGGUUGGGGGGAUCAGCUCAUCUGGACUCAAACAUACGAAGAAGCCUUAUACAAAUCCAAGACGAGCAAUAAGCCCUUGAUGAUCAUUCAUCACUUGGACGAAUGCCCACACAGUCAAGCUUUAAAGAAAGUGUUUGCUGAAAACAAAGAGAUCCAGAGAUUGGCAGAGCAGUUUAUUCUUCUCAACCUGGUUUAUGAAACAACUGACAAGCACCUUUCUCCUGAUGGCCAGUAUGUGCCCCGAAUUCUAUUUGUGGACCCAAGCCUGACAGUGAGGGCGGACAUCACGGGAAGGUACUCCAACCGUCUCUAUGCUUACGAACCUACCGACACACCUCUGUUGAUAGACAACAUGAAGAAAGCUCUCAAGCUGCUGAAGACAGAAUUGUAGAGACAACGAUGCGUUGCAUCAGGCGACAAGAAGCACUGUGGACUUGCUGAUUCCAUUACAGCUAAAUGUUACAACAGAUGUAUUUUGUAAACACCCAUACGGGGGAAAACAAUAUUAUUAUCUACAACAGUGAAGCAUGAUUUUCUAGAAAAAUAAAGACUUGUGAGUACUCCAACUGAAGGGUGUUGUA